AUGAGACACGAUAUCAAAAAGUCGUCGAGACUUGCCAACUCCAUGAAGAUUUCCUUCAAUUACCAGAAGGGGAUAACACUCAGACGGGAAACAAAGGAAUAUCUUUAUCUGGUGGCCAAAGGCAGAGAAUUAGCAGCUUACAGCGAGAAACAGCUCACGGUAUUAGACGACACACUGAGUGGUUUCGAUGCGAAUACUUCGGGUCGCUGCUUUCAUGCACUUGUUGGGGAUGCCGGUAUCUUACGGACAGGUGGAAGAGCCGUAAUUAUGGUCACACACAAUGCUCAAUGGCUCCCUUAUGCUGACCAGAUAAUUGUUCUGGGCCAAGAUGGGAAAAUAUGUGCCAAAGGAGAUCUAGAGGCAGUGAAGAAUUCAAGCAGUUACGUUCAAGAAAUGUAUAAGGAGAAUGUCGUUGAUGUUACCCAGACCCCAUCUUCGAAACUUGGACAAAGAAGCUCGACGACCGCAACUAUUGGAAUGCUGUUCUGGUACUCUUUCAGACGGGCUGCAGUACAGCUCAGCAAAAUAGCAUUGUGGCUCAAGCAUUGGGUUGCGAUGAACAAGGAACAUCCAAACCAGAAUGUUGGGACCUGGACCGGGAUAUACAUGCUUUUCGCUUUUGGACAAGUGAUGUUUAUCGCUUUAGGAACAGGCUAUUUCUUGUUGUUCCUGGUGGCGCGGUCUGCAAAGAACAUUCACCGCAAACUCCUCCACACGGCUUUUGGGUUUGUUUUCACAAUAUACGCACCAGCAAUCAAUACUGAUCGCGAUUCCAGAGCUCCAAUGUCAUUUUUUAUAACUGAAGACACAGGAGUGAUCGUGAACCUUUUCACCAGCGACCUCAACCUCAUAGAUCUAGCGCUCCCAAUCAGUUUUGUCAUCACAUCGGAACGACUUCUAGCUACCGUCGCCGAUAUUAUUUUAACCUGCAUCGCAUCUGGCUAUCUUGCAAUAUCUGUGCCAUUCCUUGCGGCGAUCCUCUUCAUCCUCCAGCGGGUGUAUCUCAAAACUUCGCGGCAGCUACGGGCCCUAGACCUUGCGCUUAAAGCACCCCUUUUUAGUCACUUCAUAGCCACGGCAGCAGGACUCACUACUGUUCGCGCCUUCUCCUGGACAUCCACCGUUGAGAAACAAAAUACAAAACUGCUAGAUAUGUCGCAGCGAUCCCACUACUUGCUUUUUUGCCUUCAAAGGUGGUUGACGCUCGUUCUCGAUCUUAUCAUAGCAGCAUCAGCGACUCUGCUGGUGGGCUUAGCAGUCGCGUUGCGCGAUAAAAUCGACCCUAGCUAUCUCGGUGUGGCACUUGUCAGCGUGAUGGGGCUUGGUCAAACACUUUCUUCUUUGAUCAUCUUUUGGACGAAUUUAGAAACUUCUUUGCAAGCUGUGAGUCGCAUUAAAGACUACACGAUCAGUACCCCUGUGGAGUAUGAGAAGCUCCACGACGAUAAUCCAAGGAGAGGAGAUGCCGUGGGAGAUGACUGGCCUCCUAGAGGUCAGAUUGUCAUGUCUGAUGUAUCUGCCGAGUACGGGGCACAGAAGGUGCUGAAUGGUAUCAACCUCACCUUCGCGGCGGGAUCUAAGGUCGCUAUUUGUGGUAGAACUGGAAGUGGUAAAUCCAGUCUCCUUGGCUUGUUUCUCCGAAUGUACGAACCAGCAUCCGGCAGCAUCACCGUUGACGACCACAAUAUCUCCUCCAUUUCACCGCCAACCGUCCGCAAGUCCAUCGUUGCCCUUCCCCAAGACCCUGUUUUCCUUACCGGGUCCGUCAGAUACAAUCUUGACCCAUACGCCUUGCAUACCAACAAUCAUGGUAAACUAUGGGAUGUCCUUACAAAGGUUGGGCUGCGCGGUACGGUGGAGGAGAUGGGUGGGUUGGAUGCACAGUUGGUGGUCGAUGGCUUUAGUGCGGGGCAGAGACAGCUUUUCUGUCUCGCAGGGGUGAUGUUGAGGGAUGGAAGGGUGCUAUUACUUGAUGAAGCAACAAGCUCUCUCGAUAUAAAAAUAGAACAACUCGUGAACCAGCUCAUCCAAGAAGAGUUCACGCAAUGGACCGUUAUUGCGGUCACUCAUCGACUCAAGUCUGUCGUCGAUCAAGCUUCGGGAUUUGAUCGAGUCGUUGUGUUGGAUCGAGGGAGGGUGGUGGAGAGCGGGGCGCCGGAAGAGUUAUUGAAGAAGGGACGAGGGGGAGUGUUUUGGAGGAUGGUGGAGAUGGAGAAGAAUUAA